UCGAAGCUACCUUGGCACCAGACAGGAAGGGGCCAAGGGCUGGCGCAGAUGGAGAGGGAGGAAUUUGGAGCCUGAGGCUGCGGCCUAGGGUAGUCCGAGAGAAUUGGCUCAAGGCCACUUCAACGCCGUGCGACCCCGAAGGAUUCAACAACUAUUAUAACUCGUUUUUCUCGUCUACAAAGUGCGCAGUCCUGUAAGGCUAGGAGAAAUAGUAGAUAGCACUCAAUAAAUACUUCCCAUCACUCUGCCCUCGGAUUGGCCGAGCCCCUCCCCCAGGCUACAGGAACGCGCUGACUGUAGCGUAAUGACGUAAGAGCACACGAAGACGUCUCCAUCUCCAUCACCGUUUCCUAGGAAACGUGGACUCCGCGUGCCACUCUCCGUAGUUGGCCCCUUGACGUCAUGGUCUGGAUGAGAGGACCCAGCCAGGGCUACCGCCAGGGGAGGGGUGGUGCGGGCCGGCCUGGCGGCCGGGCUAUGCACCUGCGCCUCCGCGGGCCGCCCGGGGCACUGUCCGCGGCCCGCUCGGCCCCGCAAUGGCCAGGCCACAGAGAACGCCAGCGCGCAGUCCCGACAGCAUCGUGGAGGUGAAGAGCAAAUUUGACGCCGAGUUCCGACGCUUUGCACUGCCCCGCGCUUCGGUGAGCGGCUUCCAAGAGUUCUCGAAGUUACUGCGUGCAGUGCAUCAGAUCCCUGGCCUGGAUGUGCUGCUUGGCUAUACAGAUGCUCACGGCGACCUACUGCCCCUUACCAACGAUGACAGCCUACACAGGGCCCUGGCCAGCGUGCCCCCGCCGCUGCGCCUGCUAGUGCAGAAGCGGGCAGAAGCUGACUCCAGCAGCCUGGUCUUUGCUUCCAACUCACUGCAGCGGCGUAAGAAAAGUCUUCUACUUCGGCCAGUGGCACCUCUGCGAACCCGGCCACCCCUCCUAAUCAGCCUGCCCCAAGACUUCCGCCAGGUUUCUUCAGUCAUAGAUGUGGAUCUACUGCCUGAAACCCACCGACGGGUGCGGCUGCACAAGCAUGGUUCCGACCGUCCCCUAGGUUUCUACAUCCGAGAUGGCAUGAGCGUGCGUGUAGCUCCCCAGGGCCUGGAACGGGUCCCGGGCAUCUUCAUCUCUCGCCUAGUACGAGGGGGCCUGGCUGAGAGUACAGGGCUACUGGCAGUCAGUGAUGAAAUCCUUGAAGUCAAUGGCAUUGAGGUGGCUGGGAAGACCUUGGACCAAGUGACAGACAUGAUGGUCGCCAACAGCCACAACCUCAUUGUCACUGUCAAGCCAGCCAAUCAGCGCAAUAAUGUGGUGCGCGGGGCAUCUGGUCAUCUGAGAGGGCCUCCCUCUGCUGGGCUUGGGGCUGCCGAGCCUGACAGUGAUGAUGACAGUAGUGAUCUGUCCAUUGGGAACCGCCAGCCUCCCUGUCCCAAUGGGCUGUCUCGGGGGCCUCCAUGCUGGGACCUGCACGCAGAUCGCCUACUUCCCAGUGCCUGCGGCUCUCUGCCAUCCCUAGAUGAUCAGGAGCAAGCCAGCUCUGGCUGGGGAAGUAGCACACGAGGAGAUGGUAGUGGCUUCAGCCUCUGACACGCACGGAAGUAGCCCCUUGCCACUCCAGAGGACUUCCCCAGUGGGGUUUCAGCUUGCUCACAGGGCCCUCUCAGUCUGGGGAGCAUUAAAGGUUUUCUACAAAUGC